GAGAGUCCUGCUCUGACCUCGCCCCUAUGGAAACCCAAGCUUUUCUUCCCUUAUUAAAACCCUAAAAUACUUUUCUACUCUCCUUCCAAUUCGUCGAUUCUGUUUCUAAGCUUGUCGGUACUACAAUAUCGCUUCCAGGGUUUGUUCGAAAAUCUUCAAAAAAAACAAUGACUCGUGCUUCGGUUUUAAUCUUAUCUCUUCUCCUUAUUUCGCACUUGGUUUCUGCGAAAGUUAUGUUGAUCGGGAAUUACACAUCUAUCUCCUUCGACGAUAUCGAAGCCAAUUUCACUCCGAUGAUUAAUAAAUCGGGUCAGUGUGGGGUACUGCACAUAGCAGAGCCACUUGAUGCUUGUUCAGAUUUGGUUAACACAGUGACUGUAGAAGAAGGAUCAGUCACUUCUCCUCCCUUUGUGUUGAUCAUCCGCGGUGGAUGUAGUUUCGAGGACAAGAUUAGAAACGCGCAGAAAGCUGGUUAUAAGGCAGCUAUUGUUUACGACAAUGAAGAUUAUGGUUUCUUGAUAUCAAUGGCUGGGAACCCAUCUGGUGUAGUUAUAUACGGGACGUUUGUGUCUAGAGCAGCUGGUGAAAUACUCAAAGAGUAUGUGGGUCGUACUGAUUUGGAACUGUGGCUGUUACCAAGCUUCGAGACUUCGGCGUGGUCAAUCAUGGCUAUCUCGUUUAUAUCUCUUCUUGCUAUGUCUGCUGUCCUCGCUACUUGCUUCUUUGUCCGUAGGCAUCGGAUUAGAAGGCGGCGUGUUCGGUCUUUUAAUGGUGGAGAGUUUACUCGUAUGGGGAUAGACUCGAUAAGAAGGAUGCGUACUACGGUUUUUAAUGGCGUUUGUGAUGAAGCUUCUACUUCUAUCUCUUGUGCUAUAUGUAUUGAAGACUAUCGUAUUGGUGACAAGCUAAGGAUCUUACCUUGCAAUCACAAGUUUCAUGUUGGAUGUGUUGAUUUGUGGCUUGGCCAAAGGAGAUCCUUUUGUCCGGUUUGUAAACGAGAUGCAAGAACCAUCAACAUUGAUAUGCCUGCAUCACCAUCAGAACACACACCUUUGCUUUCUCCUAGCUUGACUCCGACCUCGUCUUUUCUGUUAUCAUCGUCACCUUCCACAAGCCCAUUUCAGUCAUCUUAUGAUAUUCCUUCAUCUUCUACAACAAUGCAGCUACAUACAGGCCCUAUGUAUCUUUCCCACUCUCGCUCACAUACAAGUUUCCAAAACGGGUCAUACCGGUGUUCAUUGCCUAUACCGGUUAGCCGUAGCUCGCUAGAUCUCAGGAAUGGCGGUUCCCGAAGAUCUUACAACUCACCUCGUGCUGUACACUCAAGAUAUACGAAUAUACUUAGCCCCGGAAAUGCAUCAACGAGCUGGGGUGUUGGGUCGUUGUCAACAAGCCAGCGUGAGCAUUCACUUCGUAUAAAUGAUUCGCCCAGGUUUCUCUCUCACUUUGCCUCUGCUAGCUCUCUACCAGGCUGCUAAACCUAAAAGGUAACGACAGACUAACUCAAACGUUCGUUGUUGGGGCUCAUUGUUUUGAACACUCACUUAACUACUCACUCGAGGAGAAUGUCCCUUUGAUUUGUACUAAUACUAAUGUUUGACCCAUGUGGCUGCUUUUAGCAAACGAUAGAGGUAAAGAGAGUGUUCAGUGUGACUGUGAGUGAUAUUCUUCAGUUGUACAGUUGUGGAGAAUUGUGAUUGUGAGAUGAGUGAGUUUGAAGAGUAAUGCGUCUUAUUACUCUGAUCCCUUCUGUAAUAUAUAUACUUGCUCCUUCAAAUUUAGUAAUAUACACGACUAGGUUAAGUUAAACUAGUGAUAGAUACAGUAAAGGGUUCUGAUUCUGAGGUGUAUAAAACAACGUUGGUUUUCAUGUCGUUGAUUACAAUAAGGUGGAGGCAUUCCCUCAUUUCGUUUGGUUUGGAC